AUGGCUGAAGAUGUGGGCGUGAUGAAAGAGACGCCCUGCCACCACCAUCAGAGCAGCCAGCGGACAGAAGAGACGAGGCCAGCUCUAGCCACCUCGAGCAGGCCAGCCAGAAGAGGUGCAGCUUGCACCCCUCAGAGCAGCCAGGGCCAGGAGAGGUGCAGCUCUGCCCACCACUCAGACAGCCAGGGCCAGAAGCUGGUGCCGGCUUGCCACCACUCAGAGGCAAGCCGGGCCAGAGAUGUGCCAGCUCUGCCACCCUCAGAGCCACAGGGCAGGAGGGUGCCAGCUCUGCCCCCCUUCAGAGCGCCCGGAGGGCCGAGGGAAGAGGAAAAAGAGGUGCGCUCUGCCCACCACUCAGAGAGCCGGGCCAGAAAGGAAGAGAGUGCCAGCGCUCUGCCCACCACUCAGAGCACCAGGAGACCACCCCAGGCAGCUGUCUGCCAAAUUUCCCAUCCCACCCUCCACCCAAGCACCAGUCCCAAUCCACCCUUGCCCCAGCACCACCCCAUACCACCCUCCACAGCCAACACCAUCCCCACCAGCUGUCCUUGCCACACCCAAUCCACCCAUUCAACCCAGCACCACCCCAGCCAGCUGUCCCUGAACCAUCCCAGAUUCCACCCUUCCCAGCACCACCCCAGCCAGCUGUCACUGCCAUCCCAUCCAUCCCCGCCCAGCACCACCCCAGCCAGCUUGUCCCUGCCAUCCCAUCCACCCCUUCCCAGCCACCACCCCAACCAGCUGUCCCUGCCAUCCCAUCCAUCCUUCCCCAGCACCACCCCUAGCCAGCUGUCCCUGCCACGUUCCAAUCCACCCUUCCCCAGCACCACCCCCAGCAGCUUCCCUGCCAUCCCAUCCAUCCUUCGCCCGAGCACCACCCCAGCCAGCUGUCGCCUGCCAUCCCAUCCACCCUCCCCCAGCACCACCCCAGCCACGCCACCCCAGGCCAGCUGUCCCUGCCAACCCCAUCCACCCUUCCCAGCACCACCCCAGCCAGCUGUCCCUGCCACCCCAUCCAACCCAUCCCCAGCACCACCCCAGCCAGCUGUCCCUGCCACCCAUCCACCCUUCCCAGCCACCACCCCAGCCAGCUGUGCCUGCCAUCCCAUCCAUCCUCCCCCCAGCACCACCCCAUCCAUCCCUCCCCAGCACCACCCCCAGCCAGCUGUCGCCUGCCAUCCCAUCCACCCUCCGCCAGCACCACUCCCAUCAUCCUUCCCCAGCACCACCCCAGCCAGCUGUCCCUGCCAUCCCACCCACCCUUCCCCAGCACCACCCCAGCCAGCUGUCCCUGCAUCCAUCCACCCAUUCCCCAGCACCACCCCAGCCAGCUGUCCCUGCCAUUCCCAUCCACCCUUCCCCAGCACCACCCCAGCCAGGCUGUCCCUGCCAUCCCAUCCCACCCGUUCCCCAGCACCACCCAUCCACCCUUCCCCAGCACCACGCCCACCAGCUGUCCCUUGCGCACCCCAUCGCACCCUUCCCCAGCACCACCCCAGCCAGCUGUCCCUGCUCCAUUCCCAUCCAUCCAUUCCCCUAGCCACCACCCCCAGCCCAGCUGUCACUGCCCAUUCCCAUCCAAUCCUUCAACCAAGCACCCACCCCAGCCAGCUGUCCCUGCCACCCUCCAUCCACCCUAUCCCUAGCACCACCCCAGCCCAGUGUCCCUGCAACAUCCACACCAUCCUUCCCCAGCACCACCCCACCAGCUGUCCCUGCCACCCCAUCCACCCUCCUCCCCAGCACCACCCCAGCCAGGCUUCGUCCGUGCCCAUGCAUCCCAUCACAUCCUACCCCCAGCACCAACCCAUCCAUCCUUCCACCAGCACCACCCCAGCCAGCUGUAGCCUGCCAUCCACCAUCCACCCCUCCCCAGCACCCGCCCAUCCAUGCCUUCCCCACACCACCCAGCCACUGUCCCGCCCAUCCCAGUCCACCCUUCCCCAGCACCACCCCAGCCAGGCUGUUCCCUGCCAUCCCAUCCACCCUUUCCCCAGCACCACCCCAGCCAGCUGUCCCUGCCACUCCCCAUUCCCCACCCUUCCCAGCACCACCCCAGCAGCUGUCCCUGCCAUCCCAUUCCACCAUUCCCCCAGCACCACCCCAGCCAGCUGUCCCUGCCAAUCCCAUCCACCCUCCCCAGCACCCACCCCAGCCAGCGUCACUGCCAUCCCAUCCACGCCUUCCCCCAGCACACCCCAUCCAAGUGUGUCCCUGCCAUCCAUCCACCCUUCACCCAGCACCACCCCAGCCAGGCUGUCGCCUGCCAUCCCAAAUCCCACCGUUCAUCCUAGCACCUCCAUCACACAUCAUCCACCAUUCCCCAGCACCACCCCAUCCAGCUGUCCCUGCCAUCCCAUUCCUUCCUUCCCCAGCACCACCCCAGCCAGCUGUCCCAUGCCAAUCCCAUUCCAACCCUUCCCCAACAGCACCACCCCAUCCAGCUGUCGCUGCCAUUUCCCAUCCAAACCCUUCCCCACAGCCACCCAACCCCAUUCAGCUGUUCCAAACGCCAUCCGCGAUACCCGCCACCUCAAGGCACCCACCCCAUGCCAGUAUGUCCCUGCCAUCCCCAUCCCCACCCAAGCACCACCCCAUCGAGUCUGUCCCUGCCAUCCCGAUCCCCCCACCCAGCCACCCGCCAGCUGCGGCCUGCCAUGCGCCACCCACCCGAUUCCCGAGUACCACCCCGUCCAGCUGUCCCUUGCCAUCCCAUCCCCUUCCCCAGGCACCACCCAUCCAGCUUGUCCCUGCCAUCCCAUCCACCCUCCCCAUGCACCACCCCAUUCCAGUUGUCCCUUGCCAAUCCCAUCCGCCCCACCCAGCACCACCCCAUCCAGUUGA